AGGCCCAAGGCUGAUGGGCCACCAGAAAAGAAAGAAAAUCAUUUCAGCCUCACCCUGAACCGCCUGCAUCUCUAUUCUCGUUGUCGACUCUGAACUUGCCCUCUCUCUCUCUCUCUCUGCAACUGCAAACUACACGAAUCAGAAGUUCAAAACCCAUAUAUUUCAGUUUAUAUAUCUGUCUGGCACGAAUCAAAAGUUCAAAACCUAUAUCGGCAUAUCAUUUCAGAUUGUUCAAAAAAUCAAAACCAUAUCUUUCAGUUUCCAUCGCCCGCUGUUCGUCGCCGUUCGCAAGCUAAAUUUUCGAAGAUGAAGAAGACCCAAAACCACAUCUAGGAAAUAAGGUUAGAAUCACUCUCUAUCAACGUAAAUAAUGUUAAGAAGAAGACUAUCUUCCUUGCUAGCAACUUCGAUUCACAAUGCUUCCAUUUACAAUACCAAACCCAGCUCGAUCGUCUCAAGGGCUGUCUCAUCACCACGUUUGCCUUCACCGUUGGUAGAAAACGCUAACCCUAAUCCCAAUUUCAUCAAUGGCAGUGGGGUGUUUGCUCCUCGGGGUAUAAGGGCUUAUAGCCUUCUGAGUCUGAACGAUUUGCAAGAUAACAAGGGGGCAAGUAAGCAGAAGACGAGGAAGGGUCGUGGGAUUGGGUCUGGGAAAGGCAAGACUGCUGGAAGAGGUCACAAGGGGCAGAAGGCCAGAGGCACCAUGAAGUUUGGCUUCGAAGGCGGCCAGACUCCAAUGCGUCGACGAAUGCCGAAAAGGGGGUUUAAGAAUCCCUUUACUCUCCAUUUUCAGCCAGUGGGACUAGGGAAGAUUGCUAAAUUUAUCAAUGCAGGGAAGAUAGACUCUUCAGAGUUGAUCACCAUGAAAACUCUCAAGGAUACAGGGGCAAUAGGGAAGCAAAUUAAAGAUGGAGUAAGAUUGAUGGGACGCGGUGCCGAAGAGAUAAAAUGGCCUAUUCAUCUUGAGGUUUCGAGGGUGACUGUCAGGGCAAAGGCAGCAGUUGAAGCCGCGGGUGGGUCUGUCAGGAGAGUGUACUACAACAAGUUAGGCUUUCGGGCAUUGCUGAAGCCUGAGUGGUUUGAAAAGAAGGGAAGGUUGCUGCCAAGAGCAGCUAGACCUCCCCCGAAACUGAAAGAUAAAGUGGAUAGCAUUGGGCGCCUGCCAGCACCAACCAAGCCAAUUCCAUUUUCACCAGAAGAAGAAGAUGCAAUGCCUGUUUCCGCCUGAUGACCAAGAAAAUUUUUGUUCCAGAUUUUGUAAAACAUUCAUAAAUUUCCGAUAUGUUUUGGAUGUUAAUUUAUGUGGUGACAUUUUAUGUGGUUUUUGUUUUGGCUUUGAUAAACACUUGCUACAUGAGUGUGGUUCAAUAUGCAAUUAUGUGAAAUAUUUAAUCAAA